AUGAUCAUAAGACCAAGAAGACUGCGUACGAAAGUAUUUGGAUACUUGAUGUAUCCAUUCACAUCAUCAAAUGAUUACCAUACUACCAAAUCUACUUCAAUCUCGUCUAAUCCAUAUGCUAUCAUACCUUGUUCACCAACAUCAAGUAUAUCAAGUAUAGACUCUUCUAGUUCAAAAUCAACAUCCAGUGAAAUGUCAGAAAAUGUUGAAGGCGGUAGUAGUAGAAGAGAAUCUUUUCCUAUGACAAUACCUUUUAUACAUACUUCGUCUUCAGCAUCAUCCUCGACGUCAUCUUCAGAUCGAUCUUCAUCAAGUUCUCGAGAUAGAGAUAAAGGAUAUCAACAUGGUGAAGAUGACGAAUAUGAAUAUGAAUUUGAAGGUGAACUUUCAGAAUCAACAGGUUUAUUAGGUUUUAUACCUAUGCCGAAAUGGAGUAAAGUGAAAGAAGAAUUACCAUUUCAUAAAACGACGUCAAGUAGGAAGUCAGUCCGGAAUAAUCGAAUAUUCCUUCCCACACUCGGAAUAAUUUCUCUUACAUCUAUAGUGAUCGUUCUGGUAUACUUCUAUGUCGAAUUUUACGCUGUAGACAACUCGGCAAAGGAACCAGUAUACCUUUCAUCGAGUGAAGAAAACGCGACUGAACCAAUAGUCAUGGUAUCCAAUUGGACGACACAAGUAGUAGAGAUUGUCAACGAUCCAACGCAUAUCUUGAUACCACCACAUGAGCUUGAAGAAGUACAACUACUGCCACCUAUUCACGAUCGAUUACCAUACGAUGUAUUGGAAAGUUACUUUUCAACAGGAAAAUUACCUUCAGAUUUCAGCUCUUUAUCUACCGAUGCCACACAGCAACCUUUAGAUAUGGUAUAUCUUUUCGUCAAUGCCACUUCGCCUUAUCUUCAGGAGAACAUCCUAAUCGCUGAAACGGAAGAAGGGGUCGAUGUAAUGAGCAAGAAAAGACAUUGGAGGGAUAAUGGCGAAUUGAGAGGUGCAGUAAGAUCUGGUUUAAAAGGAUUAGGAGAAAACGUAGGAAAACUUCAUGUCAUUUCGGCAGAUUGGAAUUUAUCAAAGCAAGAUAAAAUCAAUUUGGAUCUUGAUGAUUCGUCAAAUGCCGGUUGGCGAGUUGGUCAAAUUCCAAAAUGGUUAAAUUGGGAUACACAAAAAUCAACACAAGGUAAAAUCAAAUGGCAUUUUCACAAUGAUAUAUUCAGACUUCCAACUUUAUCCAACGGAGAGAAAAUCACACAUUCCGCAGCAACAACGGACCAAGUAGAGAUUGUUCAGCUCGAUAUCAACGAAGAUAUCGUAGAUGAUAUAAACCCUGAUGAUCCGAUGGGGAUAAAUAAGAAUGACACAGCAUUGCCUAAAAAAGCCAAAAUCGUUCCUCCGACACCUGUACAAGUGAACUGGGAAAACGAAGAAGAAUGGAAAGCACUUGCUCUGCCAAAUUUCAAUUCAUUCGCAAUCGAAAGUAGAAUGAGUUGGUUAACUGAUGUUUCGGAAAAUUUCAUUGCUCUAAAUGAUGAUAUGUUUAUACUUCGAUCAUUGUCAAAAUCAGAUUUUCGACAUCCGCUAUUAGGUAAUCUUAUCCGAAUGGAUGCUGGAUUAUUGGUUGAUCCCUCCAUGACACCUAUGCAACUGACCGAUUCGGGUGAAUGGGGUGCAUUACAACAUGCCAACGAGUUGUUAUCGAAACGAUUCCCUUCAAGAAGACGAAUGUAUUUACAUCAUUUACCCAAAACUCAAUCUAAAUCAAUAUUACAUGAAGCUGUAACAAUGUGGAAAGAUGAACUGAGUGUAGCGUCAUCAAGAGAAUUUAGGGAAAGUAAAAGAGGUCACGGCGAUGUCGAAAUGGCUUGGUUGACAACGAAUCUCAGAAUUGAAAGAUGGAGGGAAGCAUUACUUUGGUCUUGGAUCGUAGCUAAAAUAGGUGGUGAAGAUGGUGUUUGGACAAGGGAAUCGAAAGAUCAAUUAGUCAAGUUACUCGAUGUCAAUGAUGGCCAUAUUUCAGGUCACCAAAAGAUUAUCAUUCAAAGAGCAGAUAGGAUGACUUUGGCUGAUACACUCGAAUUGAAUGAUCAAGCUGGUUGGCAAAAUCCUCAAGCUUCAAGCUACCAAUUUUCCUCUCUUGAUGGUCAUCUCAACCUUCUUUCGGAUGAUAUAUCGGGUCGAUGUACAUUCAGCCUUCAGCAGUGUCUCCCUUAUACCUUCUUCUUCGAAAACGCCAACAACUUUUCCGCGACGGAUAUUUUCACCCAUAUGGCUUUUGCCGAACCGGCUUGUGGAGAUUGUCUGAUUACAGCUUUGGUACACGCUUCCGGUCAAAGAGGUAUUGAAGCAUUCCUUCCUUCACCAGAUCAAGUCUUCUAUCCUCCUCAAGAUCAAAAACAAAGAGAUUGGAAAACGAGUGAACCGCUCUUACCACUUACGGACGAUUGGGAAACAUCGGAUUUCUCAUUGAAAGCCAAUCUUUUCCCAGGACAGGAUACCUGGUCCGGUGCAUUGCAGAGGAUAGACGGUGGUAUCGAAUUGCGAAGAUGGUGUAUCAAGCUCUUAUCCAGAUAUACAUAUACAUUCGCUUCUACACCAUCACGAUUCUCAGCGAUACACAAUUAUGGGCAACUCAAAUCAGCGUUGAAAUCUGUCGAUGCCACACCUGACUUAGCUAUGUUCUGCGUCAACGAUGAUCAAGGUGACACAACAGACGGAAAAGCCAAAAGGUUAUUCGGAGGAUGGAUGGAACUGAACUUUGGUGGCGAGAUCGAAGGAUUAGACUGGGAAAAGAAUGAUAUCGAAUGGGAUCAUCCUACAGAUGAAGAGGUGAGAAGUUUCAAUGAUGAAUUCGAAGAUGAAAGUGGAAAUCACUGGGUUGAAAAUCAAAAUCGAAAUAAUAUAGAGGAGUACUACAUAUUAUCAUCAAGGAAUAGAUAUAUACAAAAGGCGGAUGUUUUGUUGGAAGAAGAAGAAGAAGCUCAACCACGUCGUAGUGAUCAAAUCAAUAGAUUUGGUUGGGACGAAUACCCCGCACAUAAUAUACCUGAUGCUCAUUGGUGA